AUGCUCCAUACAAGAAUAAAGUUGCUCCAUCAGUAUCUUCUGGAUGCCAAGAAUGUUUCAGAGGACGAGCUUGAUCAUGAUAUUCUCCGUCAAAUUGCCAGUUUAUGUAACCGGUUGCCGACAAUCGAUGGAGCAGAAUUCAAUCAAGAAUUUUUAACCGAAUACAACGACGUGUUGCUCACUUCUUAUCUCGCAACCAUAACGAAAGGAACGAAUUGCAUCAACGAGCUUGUAGAUAAAUUCAAUCUUGCCAGUAGUACAGGAAAAUCGAAUCGACGUUAA